AUGAAACAAUUUCUCAAGCAAAUUAUUGCACCAUCCUCUCCGAUACGAGUUCAUCUCUCCUCGCAAAGCAAUGAUCAAGACCUAUUGGGUUCUCUCCCACUUGAAGUGUUAUAUCAUAUCUUUCAUUACAUGACUCCGAUGGAUUUUGUAAAGAUUGAAAUGCUAAAUUCAUUUUAUUAUGGCCUCGGAAAUAGUAACGGAAUGAUAAACAAGAUCUGGAAGGAGUAUUAUGAAAACUUUUGUUAUAUUAAUUUAUUUGAUUAUAAACGAAGCAAGAUAGUGUCAAGUGUCAAUUAUCCUGGCGAUUAUGUCUAUGGGAACGAUCAUCAACACAAUGAUGAUACCAGUAACAAUAACAAUCAAAUGGAAAUAACAUGGCAAGACUACAAGAUUAAAUUUACAGAAGAUUAUAAGCGAUGGCAUUUGAAAAAUUCAUUUGGACCUACCAAAGUGAUACAACUCUCAAUGCCCACAUUUCAAACCAUGUGUCUGGAAAAUACAUCCACUAAAGAAUCAAGCUAUCUCGUCAGCAACUUUGGCAUGACGAGAGGCAAGUUCUAUUUCAGAGUAACAUUCAACACGACUCGUUUUGGAAGUGGUGUAGGAUUCAUCAAAGAAAGUGAGGUGAAAAAAAUCAAAUCCCAACAAUUCGACUACAUCUUGUACUUGAGAGAUGGAUCAUGCAUGAUACAUCCAGGCGAGAAAAUCAUUGACCGACUCAAAGAGGUCGACGGGAAAUUACUUCGAGUUUACUCUGUAUUAGAUCCAGAGGAUAUUCUUGGAAUGAUACUUGAUCUUGACAAUGGUGAAGUUAUUUAUCUCAUUAACGGAAAGGAAGUACUUCAUAUAACUAAUGUGACACAAACGUAUCCAGAUGAACCAUUCUAUUUGUUCAUGUAUUUCCCUAUAGGACAGAAAUACACCGUAUUGCCAUGCAUUAAGAGUAUCGAUGAGAUUGGAGAGAAGGGACAAGCAAACAUACUUGAAAAUGUCAAAUCCUCAUCCAAGAAACAACGUGUCACUAUGGGAAUUUAG